GUUUAGUUAUAAUUUUGGUAUACCGUGAAAUAGUUUUGUGUUGUGAUUCAAGUAAUGAUGGGAAAUUUCAAAAUCACCAGCUUCGCCGCAUUGCUCUUCCUGGGCAUAAUAGCAACACCAGCAAAGGCACAUUUCAAAAAAUUCGGCGGCUUUGGUGGCUUCGGCGGCGGCUAUAGUGGUGCCUAUGCCACCAGUAGUGUCAUAAACAACUAUCAAGUGGCGCCCGUACCGGUGCCAGUACCAGUUUCGGUGCCACAACCCUAUCCGGUGCACAUCACUAAAGUAGUGCCUGUGCCGGUACCAAUUUCAGUGCCCGAACCUAUAUGGCCCAGCGGCGGUUGGAGUGGUGGCUAUGGCGGUGCAGAAAGUUUUGCGACCGCAUCCGCAUCAUCAGGUAGUUUCGGUGGCGGCUAUGGAGGCGGAUUGGGUGGUUUUGGAGGUUUCGGCAAACAUGGAUUUGGCGGCUGGGGGCGGCGGCGUUAAAUUUUUAAUUUAAGGUUUUUCUUUAUUUUUUUG